GGGGGCAGUGUGGGGGAGAGAGGGUGGUGGAAGAAACACAAGUGGUGUUAUCAAUGGUGGAACAAGAGAUACCGAAGAGCAGAGCGGCAACCAGUAGUCCGGAGCCGUCGGCGCUGACCCGUCCAGUCCGCUGUGAGGAACACUCUGAAGACCUCAGCAGGGAUUAUGGAGGAGUUAGGACACUCAAGGGCCGGUUUGGUCCAGGAAAAGAAGCCGUCGCACCUUGUCCAGUACAUCGCGGCGCUUUCAGUGGCCAUGGGGGCCCUGAGCUUCGGCGCCGGCCUGGGCUACGCCUCCCCGGCCAGCCCCAUGCUCAAGGACAACUCAACCAACGCGUCCCUGGUCAUUAACGAGGAGCAGGUCAACUGGUUCUCCUCCACCGUCAACAUUGGAGCCCUGGUUGGGGGCCCCGUGGGCGGCCUCUGCAUCAACCUGCUCGGGAGGAGGGGAGCCAUGUUGGCCUCUGUGCCGCCCUUCCUCGCCUCCUGGGCCUUGAUUGCGUUCGCACAAAACUUCGCCAUGCUGGUGAGCGGACGCAUCCUGGUGGGGGUGUGCGCGGGAGUGACCUGCAUCGCGGUGCCCACCUACAUCGGGGAGAUCGCCUCGCCGGACAUCAGAGGCACUCUUAGUACGUUCUUCCAGUUGAUGGUUGUGGUCGGUAUAGAGUUCGCUUAUAUUUUUGGCGCCAUCGUGAACUCGUGGCGAGGCCUAGCUGGCGUCUGCGCCAUUCCUGUUGUCGUGUACUUUGUCCUCAUCCUCUUCGUCAAGGAGUCACCAUCUUACCUUCUCUCUAAAGGAAAGGAGAAACAGGCCAGGGAAGUGUUGCAGCACUUCAGGGGGAAACACUACAACGUAGAUGAAGAACUACAAGGGAUGAGAGAAGCCCAGGAGGAGUCAGAGAGGAACAAGAUAUCCAUGAAGGAUCUCACGGAACCAUACAUCCUUAAACCACUCUUAAUUUGCCUGGCCCUCAUGGUCUUCCAGCAGCUGGCUGGCAUCAACGCUGUGCUCUUCAACCUUGCCACCAUUUUCGAGGAUGCGGGAUCGAGCUUGUCAGAUGACGCGAGUGUGAUCAUCGUGGGGAUGAUGCAGGUGUUGGCCACACUGGCGGCCGGAGCUCUCAUGGACAGAGCUGGCAGGAAGCUGCUCCUCAUCAUCUCCGCCUCCGCCAUGGUCAUCUCCCUGGUGACCCUCGACGUGUUCUUCUACGAGAAGGCGCAAGAUGAAGCCAAGGCUGUGAGUAGCCUGGGCUGGCUGCCCCUCACAUCUCUCAUUGUCUACAUAAUCGCCUUCUCCGUCGGCUACGGCCCCAUCCCCUGGGUCAUGAUGGGUGAACUGUUCUCCCUGAACGUGCGGGAAGCGGCCAGCGGACUGGCCACCAUGACCAACUGGACCACGUCAUUCAUCAUCACUCUGCUCUUUGCACCCUUGCAGACGGCAAUAGGGCCCUAUGGAGUGUACUGGGUGUUCGCUGGCUUCUGCGCUAUAAACUUAAUUUUCUGCCUGCUGGUGGUACCGGAAACGAAGGGCAAGACGCUGCAGGAGAUCACCGCGUACUUCGGAGCGCCCAACACCACGACGAAAAAGGAAGUUGACGAUAAACUGAGGACAGACGACCCCCACACAACCCUCCAUGUGUAAUUAACAAUACUUAAACGAACAUAAAAAUUAACAUACGGUGUUACCUAGUCACGA